GGGGGAAUUCAAGAACAUUCUCUCUUUUUUGUGACACUAUUUGUUUGUUCCUAUAGUUGUUGGUUGCCCUAAAAGUUCGUUAUCCUCAGCGGAUUACCAUUCUCAGAGGAAACCAUGAGAGCCGCCAGAUUACUCAGGUUUAUGGGUUUUAUGAUGAGUGUCUGCGAAAGUGAGUUUUCUUUACACAAAUUUGGUUUAGGAGAUCAUAAUUGAGUGGCUAUAUAUUAUAUCUACUGAUUUAUGUACUCCUCUCCAUCUUCUAGUGCAUUAGCUUUCUCAAUGGUCCCUUUGGGCUGAAAUAUGGCAUAUAAAUGUUACUAUUCCAGAGAAAAGCUUCUGUUUAGGCAGAAGGCACUCUAUACUUUGUUCUUUUUUUUUUUGCUUGUGACAUGCAGUCCUUCAUGCACUGUCAGUCUAUUGUUAAAAGAUUUAACAUACUUGAUGAAAGUUUUAUUGAAAUCUGUGUUUUUGUAACAGUUCAGGCCAGUUAUUUCCCCUCUUCUGCUAACAAAAUACAUAGUGACUCUAUAAUGGCUUUGAUGAAAUUCACAUGUCAAACUUAGUUCCUAGGGGCAUGUCUGAGUUGAACAUUUGGUAUAACUCUCUACUAUUGUGGAACAUCUGUUACCCAUGCUUCAUGCAAAUCCAUGAUGAUACUUUCUUCUUACAGGUAUGGCAAUGCAAACGUUUGGAAGAUCUUUACAGACCUUUUUGACUAUUUUCCAUUGACUGCUUUGGUUGAGUCAGAAAUAUUUUGUCUGCAUGGUGGGUUGUCCCCUUCAAUUGAAACCCUUGAAAACGUAAGGAACUUUGAUCGUGUCCAAGAGGUUCCUCAUGAGGGCCCAAUGUGUGAUUUAUUAUGGUCUGACCCUGAUGACAGAUGUGGUUGGGGUAUUUCACCUCGUGGAGCUGGAUAUACUUUUGGUCAGGAUAUAUCUGAACAAUUCCAUCACAAAAACAACCUGAAGUUGAUUGCUAGAGCUCAUCAGCUGGUUAUGGAGGGAUUUAACUGGGCACAUGAGCAAAAAGUGGUUACAAUAUUUAGUGCCCCCAAUUAUUGCUAUCGCUGUGGAAACAUGGCUUCCAUCUUGGAAGUUGAUGAUUGCAAAGGCCACACAUUCAUUCAGUUUGAACCAGCCCCAAGAAGAGGAGAACCAGAUGUCACACGUAGGACACCAGAUUACUUCCUUUGAAGCAGUUGUCUUUACAUCACGAUGACUCCAGUUGGUCUAUUCCCCCUCUUCCCCCUUUCUAGGUGAUCAGGUGGUUGUGGAUCGAUCUUAGAAGAUAUCUGUCACAUUUGGUAUCUUCAACUAUAGUUUUUUUGUGGCAUGAUUUUGGUAACUAUCCGCAACAAGCGUGUAUAAUAGGCUAAGAAAAUGGCCUUUAAUCUGUCUUAACCGACUGUCAGAGAAAUUGUGUAGCUGAGACGAGACUUACAAUGUGGGAAUGUAUUAUUUGUGUAGAUAUUCUUCUUUAUCUCUGUUUAUCCCUUCCUUUUUGGAUCUGUGCCGGAGCCGAAAAAUUCAACACUAUGUGUUGGUUUUCCUUUUUGCAGCCCCAAUAUAUCUCAGCAAUGCUG